AAGAGAGACACACAGACUGAAGGACAGACGAUCAGAUUCACCUUCAGACCAAACUAUCAACUUCCUCUGAGUGAGUUCAGCUAAAACUCCAACACUGCUGCUUCAACCUGCUGACACUCCACACACUGAAGCUUCACUCAGAGACUAAAUGGCUUCCAGAUCAGAGGAGGAUCUCUGCUGUCCGGUCUGUCAGGACGUCUUUAGAGAUCCUGUUGUUCUGUCAUGUAGCCACAGCUUCUGUAAAGACUGUCUGCAGAACUGGUGGAGACAGAAACAAACACGUGAGUGUCCAGUUUGUAAGAGAAGAUCUUCAAAGGUUGAACCACCUGUUAGUCUUGUGUUAAAGAACCUGUGUGAGGCCUUCUUAUUGGAGAGAGAUCAGAGAGCUUCAGAGGCUCUCUGCAGUCUGCACUCUGAGAAACUCAAACUCUUCUGUCUGGACCAUCAGCAGCCAGUGUGUGUCGUCUGCAGAGAUUCAGAAAAACACACCAAGCACAGAUUCAGACCCGUCGAUGAAGCUGCACGACAACACAAGAAGGAAGUUGAGGAAACUCUGGAGCCCUUAAAGGAGAAGUUAAAGGUUUGUGAACAAGUUAAAGUGAAGUGUGAACAAACAGCACAACACAUGAAGGUCCAGGCCCGACGCACAGAGAGGCAGAUUAAGGAGCAGUUUAAGAAGCUUCACCAGUUUCUAGAAGAGGAAGAGGAGGCCAGGAUGGCUGCACUGAGGGAGGAAGAGGAGCAGAAGAGUCAGAUGAUGAAGGAGAAGAUGGAGGCUCUGAGCAGAGAGAUAGCAGCUCUUUCAGACACAGUCAGAGCCACAGAGGACGAGCUGAGAGCUGAAGACGUCUCAUUCCUGCUCAACUACAAGGCUGCAGUGGACAGAGUCCAGCAGCGCCCCCUGCUGGAUGAUCCACAGCUGCUCUCAGGAGCUCUGAUAGACGAGGCCAAACACCUGGGCAACCUGACCUUCAAAAUCUGGAACAAGAUGAAGGACAUGGUCUCCUACACUCCUGUGAUUCUGGACCCAAAUACUGCUCGUCCAUAUCUCAUCCUGUCUGAAGAUCUGACCAGUGUGAGACGAGCAGAGGAGAGACAGCAGCUUCCUGAUAAUCCAGAGAGGUUUGAUAAUUACUGCUCUGUCCUGGGCUCUGAGGGCUUUAACUCAGGGACUCACAGCUGGGAUGUCGAGGUUGGAGACAGUACAGACUGGUCAGUAGGUGUGUUAGCAGAGUCGGUCCAGAGGAAGGGACGCAUACAGUCUGGAUUGUGGAGAAUAAUGUUCUAUAAACGUAAAUACUCGGCAUGGGCACUACCAGCUCCAUCAACUGUUCUUGAAGUGCAGAAGAAGCUCCAGAGGAUCAGAGUGAAUCUGGACUGGAACAGAGGAAAGCUGUCGUUCUCUGAUCCUGAUACUAACACACACAUACACACCUUCACACACCUUUUCACUGAGAGACUGUUUCCAUUCUUUGGCUGUGUGGAUGGACUGAGGAUAUUACCACUGAAGGUCUAUGAGACAAAACACCACAGCUGGUUACAGUCUUUAGUAUGAAGGUGGUGUUUAGUUAACAAGUGUACAAUGGUUCACUUCUCCCUCCAUCUAUCAUUGGAGAGCCAAAUUUUUGACCCCAAAGAUCUCUGGUCAGUUUCUCUGCUGACUGUUCCUGGAUGUCUAGUUUACUUUGAACAAACAGGGAGAAUCUACAGUUUAUCUGCUGCUGAUUAUUGAAGAAAGAACAGUGGUUUUGUUUCUAACUCAAACUUUUGUUAGCGUCAUUUAACCAAUGUUUGGUUCAGUUCAAUCAGUUUAAAUGUUCAUAUGUGGUAAAUAAUCUGUGAGGAAAUCAAAUGGAUCGCUUGAAACUUUAGUAUAAAGUCAAUGAUCAUGAUCAUUGAUAGAUGGAUGCACAGUUUAAUCUCUCAUUGACAAAUGAUGGGUCGAGGUUUUACUUUAUAUACUUUGGUCUGUAUGUUAAUAAAGCGGCUCUGUCUUCACUGGAUUUGUUACCUGCAAAUUUAUCAUAGUUUAUUAUUUCUGUA